AUGACCAUUCUCGAGCCCCUGGCGAAGAGGCUGCCAUGCGUCGGGCCGCGAGGGAACCUGACGGAUGACCAAAAUGAUGAUGCGCUACGCUUUUCGGACCUUGACACCGAGUACCCGACGCCUUUCAUCGGAUCACAACGCGAGCUGGGAUUGAAGAGGACAUGGAUGACAGCUUCCGAUCGAUAUGGGCCGUACGGAUUCACGACCACCAACGAUGCGCGAUCCCAGCCAGACUGGGACAAGGUCUCGUGGGCAAACCUACAGGACGACUGCGCUGCUGCCAAUGCGAAGCGGUUCCCGAAUCUCCCGACGACAAUCUACCAACCUCGCUUCACGCUCCUGGCAAAUUCGACGAUCGACGCCACGCCACACUGGACAACGACUGUGAAACCCUCCCGCCGUACAGCCAUCGUUGUCCGCUCCUGGGAAGGCGUCGAGUACAAAACCGAGAACAUGUACAUGCUCCGCUCGCUCAUCACCGAGGCGAGCCUGGACACAGGCGCCGAGUACUCCGUAAUCCUACUCAUCAACAUCAAAGACCGCAAGCGCAACAUCCACGCCUCCACAGAAGACUACCGCAAGGCUCUCGCUUCCCUCAAGCUCCCGCCCGAACUCGUCUCCAUUGCCGUCCUCUGGGACGAGAACCUGCUGGCGUCGUGGUAUCCCCAGGUCAAGGAGCACGGCUCCAUGUUCCAGAUCAACCAGCCGCUGCAACUCUUCGCGCUGCACUACCCCGAGUUCGACCACUACUGGCAGAUUGAACUGGACCAGCGCUUCAUGGGCCAUGCCGGGGAAAUGCUGGACGCCAUGGCGGACUUUGCGCGGAUGGAGCCGCGCAAGCAGGCCCUGGAGAGAUCGACGUUUCCCUACAGCGAGGAGCUGUACGAUGACUAUGAGGAGCUAAUGGUGAGGGUCGACGAGGCGAGCAAGGGCAAGUCACGCGCUUGGCCAGCCUUGCGGAUCUCGGAUGUCAAGCCUGUCGGACCCGUUCCUCCGGAUAAGUCUCAAGACGACGCAUUCUCGUGGGGCGUGGGGGAGGAGGCAGCGUUUAUUGCGACGAGCUUCUGCGCCGAUGUGAGGACCUCCACGUGGGUCUUUGGUGGCUGGCUCGAGGGACAUCUGAACAAGGGCCAUGAUACGCCCCGCUGGUUCUGUCCACCUGCCAUCUUCAGGGUGUCGAAGACCGUUCUGCUGGAGGCGCAUCGGGCGCAGUUUGAGACGGGGCUUAGUCUGCCCUCGGAGAGUACCAUGCCCACAUGGGCGCUCUGGCUCGGUCUCAAGGUAUCUUAUCCGCCGCUGCCGGUGUACAUGCACCCUUACUCGGCCGAACGAUCCAACAAGCGUCCCGGGAACGAGAAUGACGAGACAUCACGAUUGGAAGACGAGUGGAGGCAUCACGACAAGAGACCAUUCUUCGGUCACCUGCCGGAAAGGAGCGAGAAUGGCCUGUCGAUGGCGAAUCCGCAGAGCUUUGCCGACAGGGGGCUGACGUACUGGUGGGUGAGCAACUGGCCGAGGAGGAUCAUGGAUGUGUGGAUGCGCAAUGAAGUCGACGCGGCGGAUCUCCCGGGAUUCAUGCGCGUUCACGAGGGCCAGGUCUACGCGCCCAAUUUUAUGAUGCAUCCUGUCAAGACUUGA